AUGGCGACGGGAAGGCGCCUCCUGGCUGCUGCGCGUCUGUUCGGCAUCUGGCUCGCUGCUUUUGUCGGCGUGACCCGUGGAGCCGAGCUGUCCUUCACUCUGGAGCCCAGUGACAUCAUCGCGGUUCAGAACCAGCCGUUGAUGCUGCACUGUCAGGUGGAAGGGAUUCCACCAAUCAGCACGCAGUGGAGGAGGAACGGCGCGCCCUUACUGGAGGAUGAGAACUACGCCACGUUCAUUAACGGCUCGCUGCUGAUUGGCCGAUUCCAGAGGAGCAGGAGCGACGGCUCUUCAGACGAGGGAGACUACGAGUGCCUGGCCCAGAAUUCCUUUGGGCUGGUCGUCAGCCGCAAGGCCAAAGUGCAGGCUGCAACGAUGGCGGAUUUUCACGUGCACCCGCGCUCGGUGCGAGCGGACUUAGCAGGUGUCGCACGUUUUCAGUGCCAAAUCCACGGCCUGCCCGAGCCGGUCAUCAGCUGGGAGAAAGAUGGCCGAGCUGUGGACACAAGUGACGAGAGGUACACACUGUUACCCACAGGUGUGUUACAGAUUACAGGUGUUCGCCCAGAGGACGGCGGAGUGUUUUGCUGCGUCGCUCACAACAGUGCAGGAGUCAAACACAGCGCUGGAGCUCGGCUCACUGUCUCAGGCUCACAGUCUUCUGUUUACAAAGACCCCAUGAUCCUCGUCGGCCCGGAGAACCUCACUCUCACCGUGCACCAGACGGCCAUCUUGGAGUGUGUGGCUACGGGAUUUCCCCGCCCCAUCGUGUCCUGGAGCCGCCUCGACGGGCGUCCAAUCGGCGUUGAAGGCAUCCAGGUGUUGGGUACAGGCAACCUGAUGAUCUCUGACGUCCGUGUGAAACACUCAGGCGUCUACGUCUGCGCGGCCAACAAACCGGGAACCCGUCUGCGUCGAACAGCUCAGGGUCACCUGGUGGUGCAGGCUCCAGCAGAGUUUGUUCAGCCUCCUCAGUCCAUCGCACGGCCUGUGGGCACCACCGCCAUCUUCACGUGCCUGGCACAGGGUGAGCCUUCUCCUCAGCUCACAUGGCUAAAGAACGGCCAGAUCCUGGAACCCGGUGGUCACGUCAAGCUCAGGAACAACAACAGCACACUGACCAUCUCCAGCAUCAGCCAGGAGGAUGAAGCGAUAUAUCAGUGUAUAGCGGAGAACAGCGCCGGCUCGUCUCAGGCCAGCGCCCGUCUCACGGUCCUGUGGGCCGACGGGUUACCGGGCAUCCCGACCGGAGUACGCGCCGACGCCCUCUCGCCAACCUCCAUACAGGUGUCGUGGAACGAGCCAGCCCAAAACACACAGGACAUCAUCGGCUACGUGCUGCACAUCCGCAAGACCGCAGACCCGAUGGAAAUGGAGUAUCAGGAGGCGGUGAGUAAAGUCACCCUCCAGCAGGUGGUCGCCGAUCUCGAACCUUCCACGAGCUACAGCUUCUACGUGAAGGCGUACACCUCGCGUGGAGCGAGCAAAGCCUCCGCCACGGCCCAGGAGAACACGCUCGGAGAAGUUCCGGCUCCUCCGUAUCUCCACACUAAGAUGGUGAACUCCAGCGUGGUGCAGGCGGUCUGGGAGCCGUCCACUAAGAUGGGUCAGCACGAUGGCUUUAAGCUUUAUUACCGCAAAGCCCAGGAGCCGCAGUAUACGGGCCCCGUCACCUUCUCCCGCAACGUCACACACUACGACAUCUCUCUGAUGGAUCCAGCAGCGGUGUAUGAGAUCAAGGUUCUUGCGUUUAAUCAGUACGGAGAUGGAAACGCAACACUGCGCUUUGUAUCUCUGAAGGAGGCAGUGGAGAAGUCAGUCUCGAACCCUCCAUGUGACUGUAUCAAGGAGGAGCAAAAUAAAAGUUCCGCUACCGGCAUCAUCAUCGGUAUCCACAUCGGUGUCACAUGCAUCAUCUUCUGUGUCCUCUUUCUCAUGUUCAGCUACCGGGGAAGGUUAAUGGUGUGUAAGACUGCUCAGGCUGCUCCUCAGGUGGGACGUGAUGCGACGGUUCCCGCAGCAGCCGUGGUUCUGGAGUCUUCCUCGUCUUCACAGGGAACUCUGGCCCUCAACGGCCUGCACACGUCCAGCAUCGACAGUAACGGUGUGAAGUGCAUCGGCGUCUCGAGUGAGAGGGAAACACUCGUCUCAGGUCCAACUGAUGCUACGCACAUGAUGGAAAACUUGCUGGUCUCCUGUUCGCUAAACGAGACUCAGAUGUCCACGCUUCCUCUGGAUGAUUUCAGGCUGAUGGAGGAACGCCAGGUACCUUACCGUACUGAAGUCCAGGCAGACGAAGGAUAAACGGAAUUCGUUGGACUCUAUAACUGGGAGAGCGUUAAAAAAAAAAGAAGAAGGUGGAACUCAGCCACGGACUGAUUUCAUCAUUGGAAGGGAAAUAAAAAAACAAGAAGAAAACAAGAAGAACGGGUGCUGCACUACCUCAAACACCAAGAACCACCGUUCGUCUCCUCUCGUUUAAGGGAACAGGAGGAGGAAAAAUAUCCAACAUAUAGCACUUCCAAACGUUGAAGUCAAUGUUCUACCUCAAGAUAACGACGCGGUUGUUGUCUCUGUGCUUUGUUGUUGUUUGUUUUUUUUUAUAAUGAAAUGUAUUUCUUUCUUUCUUUUUUUUUCUUUCGUUUUUUUUUUGUUGGUGUGUGCGUGUGUGUGUGUGUGUGUGUGUGUGUGUGUGUGUGUGCGUACCUCAUUCAACUUCACGGAUGCCAUCGUUAUAAAUUCUGCCAUUUCUUUUCCACAUUGUGUAGGGUUUAUAUGUAUUUUUUGUAUUUAAAAAAAAAAACAAACAAACAAAAAAAAAAACCCAUACAGUUUAGUCGAAUCUAAAGACUGUUAGAGAUGCAUUGCACUUCUACUAAUAAUUUCAGGAUCAAUUUUUAUUCCAUUCACCGUGUGUUAUGAAGAGAAGAUGAGAUGCUGUAUAUCAGACACGAUCACUGUAUGUAUGUAUGUAUGUAUGUAUAAAACAUCCGUGUGGUGGACGUCUGUGAUUGUGUUGUCUGAGAAUAUGAGAAUAGCGGAGAGCGAAUAAUAAUAAUAAUAAUAAUAAUAAUAAUAAUAUAUUUGUAAAUAUAUAGAUAUGGAAGUCAAGCACAGGUUUUAUCAUGGUGGGAAUCUAGACCCGGUGAAAUGGCCGGAUGUCAGUAAUAUGACUUUGAUACGGUGCGCCGCCGUUCGUCAACGUCACAGUGUGAUCACUUCAUCAGGA